UCUCUAGAAGAUUCCAGGGCUCGAGCCUCUGUCCAAACCCCUUACAUCUUAGGGAAAUGGGGAUGGCACCCUCUUUUUGCCACUACUUGCCAGUGCCCUUGGAUGAGCAAAUGAAGGAGGGUGGCCCUCGAAGGAGCUGGCUGUGGUUGAUGGUGGGCUUCGUCAUGGCGGGCCUGAUCAUCGCCCUGUCCAUUUUCAUGGUCAAAUAUUACAGUGAAGCCUGCCAGAAUGGUCUGGAGCUGGAGAGGCAGUGCCAGAAUGUCACCCAGCUCCUGAAGAAGCAGCUGAUCCAAGCCAAGGAGGAGAGCCUGGCGGCCGAGACCCGAGCUGACACCUGUAACCAGUCUGUGGGGAAACUGAAGGCCCAGGAGCUGCAGCUACAGGCGCGAGUGCGGGAACUUGAGAGAGAGCUCACCAAAUUGAACCAAACGCUGCAGGAGACUUUGACAAAACUGGAGCGACCAAGAACGAAGAACACCCAGACCACCCCGGCCAGCUCCAAGGCCAUCAUCGUUCUGCAGGUGUCCACGCCGCUCCUGCUCCUGAGCCUGAGCCUCGCCUUUCUGCAGCUCUGAGGCCCCAGGAGGCCAGAGGGCCCCAAUCUGAACUGGUCCGGCUGCAUCUCUGCUUUUCCCAGCGACUGUCCCUUGACCCAGCUGGUUGCUGAGGGGAGAGGGGACGAGUUAAAGUGAAGGGGCCAUGGGGCAGCUGUGGAGGGCCUGGGGCAAUGGGGGAGGGGAGGGCGAGAGCUGGGUGGGAGCGGGGCUGCUUCCUGGGCAGCCUCCCUACUUGGGCCUGGGAUGGUGGAGGGUGGGGGCGCUGCCUCUUGCUGUAUUAGGGGUGGGUGUGGCUUUCCUCUGGGGGUCU